CUUCAUGGCUGCUGAUACUGGUUCUCCUUCCCUUCUUCUCCUUCUGGACCUCACCACAGCUUUCGACACUGUGGAUCACAGUAUCCUCCUCCACCGUCUUCAAGUGGAGGUCGGUCUCUGUGACACUGUCCUGGACUGGUUUAAAUCAUUCCUCUCCAAUAGGCUGGGAUAUGUUAGUCUUGGCAGUGCCAAGUCCCAGACUGUCUGUGUUACCUGUGGGGUCCCUCAAGGGUCGGUUCUUGGGCCCCUGCUGUUUUCCCUUUACAUGCUUCCUUUAGGUCAAAUCAUUAAUCAUCACAACAUUUCUUUUCACUGUUAUGCUGAUGAUACACUGCUGUACAUCAGGACUGGAGCAUCAUCAUCACCACUGUCAUCUCCAUCUUCACUCACUGCCCUCACUWCCUGCCUGGAGGAGAUUAGGGCAGGGAUGAGCCAGAACUUUCUUCAAUUAAACUGCUCCAAAACCGAGGUCAUACUGAUCGGCACCCCUCAUCAGGUUCAAACUUCAACUAUAACAGCUAUUUCCUUCUCUGYUCAAGACAUCCCCCUCUCCACCUCUGUUACUAACCUUGGGGUGAGAAUGGACUCUCAUCURACAUUUGAAAAUCACAUCAAGCAUCUGUUUAAAACCUGUUUUUUCCAUCUAUGUAAUAUCUUCAAACUUCGUCCAUCUCUCACUUUUGCUGAUGCAGAGAAACUCGUCCAUGCCUUUGUCUCCUCCAGACUCGACUGCUGUAACUCUCUGUUUAUCGGAAUCCCUGGCAAAAACCUUCAGAAGCUUCAAUACAUUCAAAACAGUGCUGCCAGGAUUUUAUUGAGAGCUCGUAAAUCUGAACACAUUACACCCAUUCUCCAUAACCUCCACUGGCUUCCUGUCACCUACAGAAUUCAAUGCAAGACUGCUCUCAU